AUGCACCGGGACGGGUUUGCGGUUCCCAAAAAAAUGGACCGCCCAGGUGGACAUUUGGCCCUCGGCGACUCCGAUGGAGAGCAUGACAAUCAGGAUGGAGCCAGUUCUUUCGCUCCAUUCGCCAAAGAGGUGUACGAAGGCUUGUUCGAUCGAGAGCUGAUGUUGCGCUUGGACGGAGUGGUGCUUCCAGAGGUUCCCCAGCCACCUCUUCAUCUGGAGGGUGAAGACGUAGGAUGUGCGUUGCGGCUCUGGGCUGGAGCUCACUUGAUCAAGAAGGCACAUGGCGCUUGUGAGGAUGCGUUCUUCGCGGACCCUCAUGGCAUGGGUGUGGCUGAUGGAGUCGGCUGCAUGGUGCAAUUCGCAAGCUACGGCAUCAAUGCGGCUCAAUACGCCGCCGAACUGAUGGAAUUCUCCUCCGCUGCUCUGAAGCCUGGCGGUAUUGCCAGCGAGGACAAGAUCCCAAGUGGCUCCUGGCAUGUGUCGCCAGCGGUGGCUAUGAUGUGGCCAGCCGUGCUGCCACUGCAAUGCAGCAUGGAGAAUCCCAAGCGGCUGCAUACGGAGCCUCCACGGUUGCCGUCUUAUGCCAGCAAGGUGCCCCGCUGA